UGAGUUAAAACCUGAAACUUUCACAAUUCACAUUUGCAUUUUUCAUUAUUGCGCACAUAAUACGGACACUAAAAAAUUAUGAAGUGAAAUCAUUUAUGUAGCUUUCAGUCAUGGAUAGUUUCUGAAUAUAACUAAGUUCUACUGAAAAAAGAUCUUCGUAAAAAUCAGAUGCAAAUCAUAAAAACAUUGCUGCUGUGAUGUCUGAUGAUAGUGCAAGGACGCGAAUAUUUUAAAAUGCCUUGUGAGAAUUGUGCGGUGCAGUUUAGUGUAUUCAAAAGGAAACGUGCAUGUUCUGAAUGUGAGCGGUAUUACUGCAGUGCCUGUCUUCGAAGGGGCGGUGGAACUAUGUGCGCACCUUGUCGUAUGUUGUCCACUCGCCCCUUAUCAAGACAAACUAUAGCUCAUUUGAAAGUGAAAGACCUUCAGUGCUUUCUACAGCGUCAAAAUGUUUCAACCCGGGGUUGUGUUGAAAAGGAAGAGCUCUUAGGUUUGUGUGUAUCACAUGUGAACAGCUCUGGAUACAGACGUAGAGGUUCUCGGACAGGGGCCAGCCCUUUGACAAGCACACUCAAGGGAAUCACCAGCAAUAUAAAUGACUUCUUAACAUCAACAUUUGAUCUCCGCUACACAAAUACCUAUCCUGCACCACCACCACCAACAAGGGGUGGUUGCUUUAACUCCUCCCAUGCGCACUCACCCGCAACUGAAAGUGCACAAUCCAAUGACAGCAUACCUGACAGAAUAUUUACAGCUACUCCAGGUGGUGAGAAUCGCAUUGAAGUGCCAAUACCAGACGAUCCUGUCGUUCACAGCCCUGCAUCCUCAGAGCACAACAUAAUUGAGACCGCGGACUGCUAUGAGAUUGAAGACCUGGAUGAUACAGGAUGGGAGUUCGUAAACAGGCCAGCAGAACCAUUACCUAAUGACUCCACCGUGUUGCUGUCCACUCCGGGUGCGGCCGCCGGCUCUCCGCUGCGUGCCUCCUCCGAGCUGGAGCUGCAUCGGCCCGAGUCCUCCGCCACGCAGCGCUCUGACACCGCCAGUCUACAGGAUGAACCCCUCCCGCACCUCGACACUCCUGGAACCCCUCAGCAAGUAACAAGCAAGCAAGUAGAGCUGGAUCAGUUCAAGCAGGCUUCAGAGUUGGAGACACUAAAUGUGAAGCAAUUAAAGGAACUGCUGACGAGGAAUCGCGUGGAAUAUCGCGGCUGCGUCGAACGGAAAGAUCUUCUAGAGAGAGCCAAGAUACUCUGGGCGGAUCAUGCGAGAUACAAAGAUGAGAUCGACAACCUGCCGAUCGAGGAAUGUUGCAAGAUCUGUUUCGCGGCGCCGCUGGAGUGCGUGCUUCUGGAGUGCGGGCAUAUCGCGGCGUGCACGUCGUGCGGCAAGCAGCUCGCCGAGUGUCCCAUCUGUCGCCAGUACGUGGUGCGAGCCGUGCGCUGCUUCCGCUCCUGAGCCCAUGGUUUGAGUUUCGAACCCAUCGAGUGUACGCGGAACAGUCGAGUACCUAUGCUGUGCAUAAUAUUAAGUAAUUCAAAGAUUGUUUUAAACUGUUCUAUGUAGGUACCGAUACCAAAUGUUAAGCUGAAUCAUCUUAGUUACGGGAAUUCAAAAAAAAUAUUCAACAUGACUUGUAAAAUUUAAUUCCCAAUACAUAAAAUAUUUUUAUAGUAGCUCUUUGGUUCUAUGUAUUCUAGUCUUCAAACCGAGAGUUGUGUUAUUUGUAUGUGUAUAUAUGGUGUGGUAUCUGUGUGCUUAUCGACUGUACCCUUUUAUGUAAUGCAUUAUUUGACGUUUUCUCGAAAUUUGACAAAUAACGCAUUUGAAACCAAAAUCUAUAAUAUGCUAAAUUGUAACUAAAAUAAUUUCUUCUAUUCUUCGUUCUCUUCGCUAGCAAUCCUAUUUUUGAUCUUAUCGAUACCCAAGUUGCCUCAUAAUAUAGUUCCGAAUUAGUUUCCACUUAACAUUUUCUUAGGUUGGCUUUUAGGAUGACAAUUUGAACCACACAUGGUGUGCAUCAUCUUAGGGGAUAAUGUACAAUGAUAUUUUGUUUUAUAUGUGAAAAAUAUAAAUGUAUUUUGUGACUUAGAUUGAAUAUUAUUUUUAAACAUUUUUUUUGUAAUGAAGUACUAUUUAAAGAAAAUAAUUACACCUUACUUAAUUAUCGUAUAGAUUCACGAAAGUUAACCACAAAUGGCGGCCGUCUGCGCAAAAGACUUUAGACCAAAUAAUAUUUUAAGGUUACUAAAAUAAUAUAAUUAUGUAAUAUUGUUAAUUACUGUUAUAAAAAUAAAUUAAAUAAAAAUAAAAUUAAAACAAAUUAAACUAAAAAUAUUAUGUUAGUAAGUAAAACAUUUUGUCGCUAUCGCUAUCCUCAAGUUCCAUGACUCGUUCUGUCAUGGAAUUUGUGGGAAUCUUGGAACUUUGAGAAUUGGGGCCAGGCUCCGUUUUUAAUUCAUCUUCCAAUGAAUUAGAUAAAUCCACAUCUUCGCUCUCGUCUGCUUCUACCACAGUCGCAUGAAUAAUUAAUCAUCAGUAAGCUCAAAUUUCAACAAAUAACACAAUCAAUUUAAAACAAUGAAACACUUUUCUUUUAAACUGUACUAGAGAGCAGUGGGGGCGCGACAAUGCUGUGACAGACCAAUAGCGACUGAGCGGCCCAUCACGCGACAAGCGCGCACCAAUAGCGUCGCUUUGGUCUUGACGCAUUCCGCCUGUGCCUCACCCCGCAUCCCGGAGAUAUAAAAAUGUCUCCUGCGCAGUGGUCAUGUUUCGUGAAUCGUGCGAAUCAUAUGAUUUUAAUGAUCAUGAAUUUUAGUACCUAUUAUAAAUAUUAUAAUAUAUAAAAAACGAUGCGUGUUUUAGAGCGUACUACAAGACAUCAUUUGCAUUUUUAUAUCGAAUAGGGAUCACACAAUGAAACGUCGGCUGGAUGCUCAACAAAAUCUAUUGUGAUUAUAAAAGCCACCACCAAAAUUCAAACGAUUAGUUUACUCGACGUACUUUUUUAAAAAUUUAAUCAGACAGACCAAGUACUUACUAAGCCAAUAUGGCUUGCACUUCAGAAAUAGUAUGACAGCACGGACGAAUAAAUUUAUCCAUUCCUUAGCGUCUCGAAUAACGCUACCGUUAUUAUUUAAUUUAAUGUUAAUAGCUAUGCAUUAUUAUUAGUAUUUUUAUAUGAUGUCAGAAUUGUUGUACACUACCUUUAAGGUGAAAUUAUUAUGUAUAGUGGAUAGUAGUAAUAUUCAAAAUUUAAAAAUAUAGAAAACAAGUUGGCGGCCUAAUCUAAGGCGCCAUUUCCACAGACGACAGAAUCGGUGAUUCUCUACGUGCCACCAAACUCGAUACAAUGCCACAUGCUAAUCAAUGGGCUUCGUCUCCAUGGGGCGAUACUAUUAUUUUGGCUGGCGUUAUGACUAGUGACACUGGAUCGUACUAAUCUGAGCAAGGAUAAACUGUCCGAAAUAUUGUUGUGCUUUGGAGAUUUAUAGAUAAAACGGUGCAAUUAUCUGGUCAGUAAAUAUGGCGCUUGACUAUCACCUACACUUUUUUUUGUUUGGCAAGGUUUGUUUCCCUUCGGAUGAUCCUUCAUGGAUGGUAACUUCAACAAGCCGUCCCUGCGUGAGUCAAGACACCCUGGCCCUUACGGCAAAAGAGAAAGCCGAUCUACUGUGCGCUCUUUUCGCCUCCAACUCGACUCUUGAUGACAACAGAAAAACACCGCCGACCAUCCCGCGGUGUCAGAGCUCUAUGCCUGAACUACAGUUCAGACAGAAAACUGUUCGGCGAGCUCUGUUUUCGUUGGACGUCAGGAAGUCGAGCGGGCCGGAUGCCAUUUCUCCAGUCGUGCUUAGAACGUGUGCCCCUGAGUUGACGCCUCUUCGGCACUCUUAUUCAAAAGGCGUAGUCCCUGACUCAUGGAAGUCAGCCGUUGCUCAUCCGAUCCAAAAAAGGAGACAGUUCGGAUCCGGCAAGCUACAGGCCUUUUGCUAUUAACUCCCUGCUCUCCAAAAUCAUGGAGAGCACAAUUAACCUCCAGCUCUUGGUGUACCUAGAGGGUUACCAAUUGAUCAACGACCGACAGUACGGCUUUCGCCAUGGUCGGUCGGCAGGCGAUCUUCUGGUAUUUCUAACACAUAGAUGGGUGGGGGCUAUUGAAAGCAAGGAGAAAGGCCUGGCAGUUAGCCUGGAUAUAGCGAAGGCCUUUGAUCGUGUAUGGCACAAGGCGCUCUUCUCAAAACGUCCAUCAUUUGGGUUUCCCGAAAGCUUAUACAAGUGGACCUCCAGCUUCCUCACUGAGUGCAGCAUACUGGUCGUUGUCGACGGUUAUUGCUCGAAACCCGAAGCCCGUGAACGCUGGAGUGCCCCAAGGCUGUGUGCUAUCCUCCCACGCUGUUUCUUCUGCAUAUCAAUGAUAUGUUGGACACUCCCAACAUACAUUGCUAUGCAGACGACAGCACCGGUGAUGCCGUAUACACGGGCCAUGCAGGUCUCUCUCGGGAAAUCGUCGACCGUUGCCGGGAAAAACUUGUGUCUUGUAUCGAGUCCUCACUCGAGAAGGUCGCGGAAUGAAGUAAAUUGAACCUUGUUCAAUUUACCCCCAGAAGACUCAAGUUUGCGCGUUUACUACAAAAAAAACCCCAUGUAUCGUAUCACCGCUCUUCGACAACACUUCCCUUAAAGCCUCGCCUAGUAUUGGAAUCGGAGCCCCAGGCUCGAAAUCUGCAGCGAUUGCCAAUUCCUUGACCAUCUGGAGGGCAAAGCCAAACGGGCUUCGAAGAAGCGGGGCGUCAUUAUUAGAGCACGGCAAUACUUCAACGCUCCUGUGAUUCCUCUGGUGUUGCAAGAGAUUGUGGGCGGCGGUGAUCACUUAACACCAGGUGACCAGUUCGCUCGUUUAUCCUCCUAUUCCAAAAAAAAAACCUAAAUAUUUACAGAAUGCAUGCAGUUGGAUCGUUUGUCUUGUUAUGAACAUGAAGUCAUACAAAACAAUUUUUUUAUCAAAACCUUUUAAUUAUCAAACCUCAUAAAGGUGAUAUCGUCUCUAUAAUCUGUGCUCCUUAAAAAUUAAAAUAAAUGACAAAGUCGCUCAACAUUUAGGAUUAAAAAUUAGAAUAUUUAUCUCGAUGUUAAACCCGUAAAUGGUAAAUCGUAGGUGUACAUCAUAUGUGUCCGACGCCGUUAGCUUUAAGCAAUUUUCCGUAGUAAUGUAUUAAUGCGUAUACCUAGUUAAUAUUUUGUACGUCAACAUUCUAGACAUUAAACAUCCAAUUAAAAA